AAGAUUCCCCUGGGGCUUUCUGGUCUCUCAUCAAACGUGCUACUGGUAUGAGCAACUAUGCAUCGUCGACCUUGGUGGAUGCUGCUUGGCACUUAAAUAUUUCAAUUUCAAGGAGGGAAGAUCCCUCACAAGGAUUUAAUCGGUCGCCUUGUUGGUUCGUCCAUUUCCAGAUUAGAUGCUGCGAAUGAAGUAUGCCAUCCAUUGUUCCAUACAGAGAACAAAAAUGGCAUAUUGGAAUCGUGGACGUGAUCAGUGACCAUGCACGCUGAACUCGGCCGCCGUGAUUUCUGCAACACGUUUUGUUUUUGGUUGCUUAAAUGCUUAUUUAUCGUACACGAUUCCCAUUGUCAUCCUUAUCCUACGGAUCCUGCCGUGGUUUCUCUUCAGCUGUGCCUACACGUGCGUGUAUGUUGUCGGAUGGAAUUCCUCAAAUAGGUGCGUCUCCAUCGUUUGAUUUUUUGCCUGAAAGAAAUUCUGGGUUCGACAUCCAGUCGUUAGUAUGCAGUUCUACUAAGCAUAGGCAUGGCCAGGAAGCGUGUUACUCUGUCGUAAGAGAGCUCGCUAGACUUGGCCGUGUCCAUGAGACAUUGAGGUUGUUUUGCCGCUUGAAUAGCUUCGGACUGAAACUCACAAAAUUCACCCUAUGCAGUGUUCUUAGUUCUUGUGCAAAAUCUCUAGAUUGGGAUUUGGGUUUACAAGUUCAUGCCCGAAUAAUUCAAAUAGGAUUCGAAGAUAAUCUCUUUCUAAAUAGUGCUCUUGUUGAUAUGUAUGCCAAGUGUGGGACAAUUGUUGAUGCAAGAAAGAUUUUUGAUGGCAUGAGAAGUAAAGAUCAAGUAGCCUGGACCUCGAUCUUAUCCGGACUCUCACAAAAUGGGGAUGGAAGGGAGGCUUUAGUGUUGUUCAAAGAUAUGUUGUGGACAGAUGUUAGACCCAACUGCUUCACUUUCGCGAGUAUAAUUAGUGCCUGCACUGGCUUAGAAAAGGAUCUCCUGCUAGUUAUGUUGCUCCAUGCUCAUGUUAUCAAAUUUGGGGUCGAGGGAAAUAGCUUUGUGACCAGCUCUCUUAUUGAUUGUUAUUCCAAGUGUGGCAGGAUCACUCAAGCUGUAUCAUUGUUUUAUGCAACUAGGGAAAGAGAUGUUAUUAUUUUUAACUCCAUGAUUACUGGAUACUCGGACAACUUACUAGGGGAAGAGGCAUUAAGGCUUUUUGUGGAAAUGCUAAAUGACAGAUUAGGUGCAACCAAUUACACCUUUGUUAGUGUUUUAAAUGCUUGUGGGAGUCUUACAGUUCUUCAACAGGGAAGGCAAAUGCAUUCUCUGGUAAUGAAGAUUGGUUCAGACCAAAACGUGUUUGUGUCCAGCUCUUUGUUAGAUAUGUAUUCUAAGUGUGGCAGCAUUAAUGAUGCCCGUCAUAUCUUUGAUGAGACAAUUGACAGGAAUAACAUCUUGUGGACCACAAUGAUCACAGGAUAUGCUCAAAGUGGAAGAGGAGCUGAUGCAUUGGAGCUGUUUGAAUGCUUGCUGGUGGAAAAAGGUGUGAAACCUGAUCACAUGUGCUUUACUGCUGUAUUGAGUGCUUGUAACCAUGCGGGUUUCCUUGAUAGAGGGAUAGAAUACUUUAACAAAAUGAAAGAUUAUGGAUUGGUUUCUGAGCUAGACCAAUACGCAUGCAUGGUUGACCUCUAUGGGAGGAAUGGGCUUUUAAGAGAGGCAAAAGAGUUGAUAAGGGAAAUGCCUUUUGAGCCUAAUGCUGUAAUAUGGAGCUCCUUAUUGAGUUCUUGUAGACUUUAUGGUGAUGUACAGCUAGGUAGGGAAGCUGCAAAUGAGCUUCUGAGGAUGGAUCCAUAUGAUGCAGCUACCUAUGUUGCACUGGGAAAUAUUUAUGCAGAAGCAGGUAUGUGGGGUGAAGCAUAUGAAGUUAGGAAAAUGAUGAUUCGAAAGGGGGUGCAGAAAACUGUUGGUUGGAGUUGGGUGGAGGUAGAUAAAAGAGUACAUGCGUUCAGAGUGGGAGAUACAUCCCACCCCCAAUCACAGGAAAUCUAUAUGGAACUGGAUAAGCUGACCUUAGAAAUGAAGGAUGCUGGCUAUAUGCCUAUAUUUUGAUAUAUUUUUCAAUUAAAAAUUGUAAGCAGUAAGUAAACUAAUAUGCAUUAAGUAUGAAGUGAUGCCUUCUGAGUACCAAGAAGCAUGAAGACUUGUUGCUUGUGGCUCUACUGUGAUAGCUGGAACUCAGUAAAACAUGAGUUGUGAAGUUCUAUUUCAGAACUUUAUUGCUGAACUUUAAUUCCUUACAACUUCAAACUAUUGUUUCAGAUAUGCAGGGAAGAUGAUGAUGUGAUCUUUUGGUUCGUUUUAUCUGGUGGUCUAACAAUCAAGGGAAUCCUUCAAUUUUAAAAGAAGUAAGAAUAUUUCUUUUCCUUUACUCUAAUGGUCAAUAUGCUCUAAUUAUUGCAUCCAAAAAAAGUUUAUUAUAAAACUAUUUGAUGGUGACUGGUGCUUAAUGAAUUAAAUUUUAGUAUAUUAACCCAAAUAAAUCAUAUAUAUGGAUGGUUUUCCUUGUUUAUUGAAUUUAGAAUAUCUUUUUUGAGUUUUUAUUUA